AUGGAUGCAAGAUUUUUGGACAUGAUACAUCCGAAUCACCUGACUCUCAGGGAGCCCGGUCAUGACCUACUGCAUUCAAUUCUUCAGCUUAGAGAAGAUCCAUGGUUUCGCACAAAAUCCCGUCCACCCCAUUCAGAGGAAUCUUUCGCACCGAGGUUCGAUGUCCGCGUCCUAGACGACACUUUCUUUCUCGAAGGUGAAUUCCCUGGGGUUGAAAGUAGCGACCAGAUUGAGUUGUCCACAAUCGACUCCAAUAUCCUUAUUGUUACUGCAAAUGUUUCCAGACUCGACGUGGUAACGGAGUGGAACUUGGAUAAAGUCCCUAACGUUCCGACUGCUACACCGGGAAAUGAAGAAGUAUCACUACAUGGCAGCGAAACUGGAGAAAGCCUUGAGUCACGUCAACAGAUGAAGCAGACCAAGUCUGCGCUGAAGGAGCCCUCCAUCUGGAUAAGUGAACGAAGAAUUGGCCGUUUACAACGGUCAUUUUCUUUCCCGUCGACAGUGGACUUCACGACCAUGCGAGCGAGGUUGGACAUGGCCUGCCACAUUAUGAAUACUAACUUCGGUCGCAAGAUGGCUCUAAGAUUACUGACCAAAUAUGACCGUCUCGACGGAAAAUGGAAAACAAUCGAGACUUCGCUUCUAGGGGCAUCUUGCAUUCCAAGGACUGGAACUAGCACCCCAACAGUACCCUGGGAAACACUCCAGUUAGUACUUGCAGGAGGAUCUGAUUAUGGUGAUUCAAAAGAGGCUAUGAGUAAGGGAGAUGCUCCUGACUGUUGUUGCGGGAAGGCCUAUAUUACUGUUUCCAAAAACAAGACAAUUAUACUUAUUAUUAAGGCCAUUGCUGGCCCGCCAGACGUUGCUCGCCAGAAGCUAAAGGGAAACGUAACAGUCAAUCUGUCGUCUAAUGGGACCUUGCUUGGGCGCGGGACAAUCCCUGAACUCGUUCUCGUCCCUGACAAUAAUACCGUCGACAUGGGUUCCAAGCUCGAUCAAGGAGAGCUCUUCCAAACACUCAGCCAGCUUCCCGAAAAUACGAGCACCAUUGACCUUACAAUCGCUGGAAACUCAAGCACCUAUGAUGGCCAGGAUAUUGCAUACUUGAACGCAGCUCUCUCAUCGACUACAUUCGGUAUGCAACUGAAUCUUCUUGAACUUCUUGGAUUUUAA